UUUCCGGAUUCGCCGAUAACGGUUGGAAUGUUCAAAUCUUCGAUGCUAGUUUUGCUACUUCAGUGGAUACCGAGCUAAGAAAGCGACUGAAGAAGGAGCAAAGAAACCAAAAAAGGGGGUGAAGAGGUGCCUGGCUACGGAAUGACGGUGUUGCAGGAACCUGUCCAGGCUGCUGUCUGGCAUGCUCUGAACCACUACGCCUACCGCGAUGCUGUAUUCCUGGCAGAGAGGCUUUACGCUGAGGUCCAUUCAGAGGAGGCACUUUUCUUGCUAGCUACGUGCUACUACCGUUCUGGGAAAGCGUACAAAGCCUACCACCUUUUGAAAGGGCACAGCUGCACUACGCCACAAUGCAAAUAUCUCCUUGCCAAGUGCUGUGUGGAACUGAGCAAGUUGGCAGAAGGGGAACAGAUCCUUACCGGAGGAGUCUUAAACAAACAGAAGAGUCAAGAUGACAUUAUUACCGAAUUUGGAGACUCUGCAUGCUUCACACUGGCACUGCUAGGGCAAAUAUACUGCAAAACAGAUCGGUUAGCAAAAGGAGCUGAAUGUUACCAAAAGAGCAUGAGCGAAAACCCUUUCCUGUGGUCUCCAUUUGAAUCUCUCUGUCAGAUCGGCGAGCGACCAGAUCCAGAACAGAUCUUCAGAUUGACCUCAUUGCAGAGUUUCAGUGGCGGCAGUGGAGGAGGUAUUCCUCCUAUUAGCCCUGCACAUACACCUAGCAACAACAUGGGUCAUCGGCAAGUUGACACCGUCCUAAUGGAGACACCACAGGACACACUGGAACUAAAUCGCCUCAAUCUAGAAUCUUCAAACUCAAAAUACUCCUUAAAUACGGAUUCCUCGGUUUCCUACAUCGACUCCUCAGUCAUCUCGCCAGACUCCAUGCCGCUGGGUACCAGUGGCUCACUGCUAUCUAAACAGGUGCAGAACAAACCCAAGAGCGGUCGAUGUCUGCUCGGGGGCACAGCCACACUCAGCCCACUUACACCAAGUUUUGGAAUUUUGCCCUUGGAGCCGAGCCCAGGGGACCCCACAUACUUGCAGAACUACGGUCACAGUGGGUCUGGAAUGGAACCACCUCCACCGCCUGGCCCUCCAAAGAAGGCUGUCAGUAGAAUCAGUCAAGUGGGGACAAAAUCAGUGUUUGCACAGAGUGGUAACAGCAGAGAUGUAAUUCCCAACCCUUUUAACCAAACUCAGACAACUGCCCCACAGACCAGUACUACACCACAAGUGCUGAGCCCAACCAUUGCUGCCCCACCAAAUGUGCAGCCACGGCGGAGCUCAAGACUCUUCACCAGUGCCAGCUCCACUGCCAAGGAGAACAGCAAGAAGCUAAAAAUGAAGUUUCCCACCAAGAUUCCCAACCGGAAGACCAAAACAAAAACGGGUAAGGGAGGAAUCACCCCAUCCAACUUGAAUGAGAGUAUCGAGAUCCUCAAGCUGGACUCUUCCAUAACGGAAGGCAAAGGCAACAUCAGUUCACCGCAGUUCCAGGCCUUCAAUCUACAAAAGGCUGCUGCAGAUGGGCUGAUGACGUUGAUGCGUGACAUUGGACGGGGCUAUCUCGCUCUCUGCUCCUAUAACUGCAGAGAAGCCAUUAACAUUCUCAGCCAGCUGCCUUCACAUCACUACAACACGGGCUGGGUGCUGGGUCAGAUCGGACGGGCCCACUUUGAACUGGCAGAAUAUAUGCAGGCCGAAAGGAUUUUCUCAGAAGUGCGGCGUAUUGAGAGCUAUCAAGUAGAAGGUAUGGAGAUCUAUUCAACGACACUUUGGCAUCUACAGAAGGAUGUUGCACUUUCUGCCCUCUCUAAAGAUCUCACUGACAUGGACAAAAACUCGCCAGAGCCCUGGUGUGUAGCCGGUAACUGUUUUAGCUUGCAACGAGAGCACGACAUUGCCAUUAAGUUCUUUACGCGAGCCAUCCAGGUGGACCCCAGCUUUGCCUACGCUUACACACUGUUGGGGCACGAGUUGGUGCUUACAGAAGAGCUGGAGAAAGCCCUGGGCUGUUUUCGCAAUGCUAUUCGCCUCAAUAAACGCCACUACAAUGCCUGGUACGGCUUGGGAAUGAUUUACUACAAGCAGGAGAAGUUUAACUUAGCUGAGAUUCAUUUCAAGAAGGCUUUGAGCAUCAAUCCUCAGAGCUCUGUACUGUUGUGUCAUAUUGGAGUGGUUCAGCACGCUUUGAAGAAAUCAGAUCAUGCACUGGAGACCCUUAACAGAGCCAUUGGCAUCGACCCCAAGAACCCGCUAUGCAAAUUUCACAGGGCCUCUAUUCUUUUUGCCAAUGAAAAGUACAAGGCGGCCUUGCAGGAGCUUGAGGAGCUGAAACAAAUAGUGCCCAAAGAGUCUCUUGUUUACUUCUUAAUAGGAAAGGUCUAUAAGAAGCUUGGCCAGACUCAUCUGGCACUAAUGAACUUCUCAUGGGCCAUGGACCUGGACCCCAAAGGGGCGAACAAUCAAAUCAAAGAGGCCAUAGAUAAGCGAUACCUCCCAGACGACGAUGAACCUGUAACUCCUGAUGACUAUCCUUAUGACUCGACAGCAGAAGUUGAGGAGUCGCAGGAAAGCAGUAUGACGGACGCUGAUGACACGCAGCUCCACACCACGGAAAGCGAUGAGGUUCUGUAGCCCCACCGAUACCACUCUGGACUUGUACUUUGAAAUAAUGCCAAUCUGGGGGCUACUCAAAGACUCCAGCUCUGAUAAAGGAGGAAGAUGAAAAAAGGAAAACAAACUGCUGCUAAUAACAGUACCUCCUCAUUUCUGUCGUUUUAUUUCCGUCAUUCGUUCCCGCCUUUUUUUCCUCCCCAUCAUCUUCUUGUCAUCAUGCCUUAGCAGUCUCUUAUCAGUCUGAUCUGCUGGUCCUGUCUCACUUUUCCCUUGAAAAAUUCAAGGUUAGUCCAAAAUCAAAUUGCCCAUAUUUUGCCAAUGUCAUUCAUCUAUUUAAGACUCGAAAAAGAGAACCACACAAAUUCAAGAAUGUUCCUGUCUUAAUGCUUAGGCCUUUGUUUUUUUUUAUCAGCGUUGUCUCUGAAUAAAGACCUGUGUAAGAAUUGGUAGUCUUUUGAUUUCUCUCACCUUCAUGAUGCAAUUUUCUGCCCACAUCAUAAAAGUGCUACAUGUAAUCUGAAUCUGGGUUUAUACUUAACUGUAAACUACAUAUCUUCAAUCAGAUUGCCAUCUGUAUAGAAGAAUAUUGUUUUUAAAGGCUAUGUAAGGAAAGUAGUAUUUACAGUUGAUUCUCUGAGCACUUCAUGUUACGAUUAUUUUUGCAUUCGACAACUUGCACGAAGAAAAUAUGGUUUCAAAACAUGCACAUGUAUUUGCCCAGCUGCAAGACAUUGUUUAGAGAAUUGAAGAUUAAAUGAUACAUUUCUAAAUGAGCGAUUUCCUUGACAAACAUCACUCCUCCACAUUUUCGUUGGUCAAGGAUUGGAAUUGAUGCUUAUUUUGAAAAACCAGGUCAUGAUGUCCAAAUUAACAAAAUGUUGUAUGGCACAGUGACCAGUGGUCAGACUUGAGACGAUUUUCUGAAAUGUUGGUGCUGUUGAGGACAAUACUGGUGAACAGAAAAUGUGCACAAAGUAUCUUACAUGGAUUUUAUUUUACCAGAACAUGUUUAUUAUUAUAAAUGUUUUUGAUCUCUGCUAAAUGCUUCUUAUUGUACAUUUUAAGGAAUUGAAAGGUAAUAGAAUAAAUAACUUUGACUGAAA